CAGCAAGGGGCGUAGUGGAGAGGGUCCCUCCCGGAAGAGGCCAUACAUAUAUACUGCCCAGUUGCAGUUUCUCAGACCCGUAAUGGACUUGAGGCCUACUGUGGACAGUCUGGAACCCUCUGGGGAGUCGUCUUCUGAUGGAAGUGAAACCCCAGCUGCUUUUUCCCCUGCAAUUAGUCCGGAACCGACGCCAGCAGAGGAGCCGGAGGAGUCGUCACAGGGCCAGCACCAACAACAGCCCAGUCCAGCCCGUGUCAGGCAGCCGCACCGAAGACGCCCCCGCCAAGUCCCUCCCUCCACCUCUGUGCCAGAGAGUCGGGAGGUUAUUGACGCACGCGUCAUUGAUUUUCUGGCACAGAGGCGGAGUGACGGAGUGGAGGAGAAGAUGCUUCGCGGAUUGGCGCCCCUUCUGAAAAAAGUGCCGGAACCUGACCACAAUGCAUGCGUGGCUUCUAUUGCGGUGGUCAUGAAAAUGUUCGCCAUCCCAAAUCAUGGGGACAUCCUGGGCCGUCUGAACAACUGGAUGGUGGAUCUUGAAAAUGAGGGGCAACCCCAAGUGGCCGGCCAAUUUGGACGGGAAAGGCAACCAACUCAGGCGCCUUCUUUUGCCCCACACCCCCAGUACGGGCCACCCCAUGGCCAUUUGCAAGGGGCAUCACAGGCCAUUUUCCAGGGCAGUUUGCCCACUGUCCCACAACAGCAGGCUCAAGGAAGGCCACGGUCCUCCUUUCCGGCAGGGUCUUUCACCCAGGACCUCUUUGAGUUAUGAUUUUCUUUUUUGGGGGGUGGUUUUUCUGUUUCAAUUUGGUUGGUUGUGUUUAUUUGCCCAAAAUAUUGAUUAUAACCUGUUUUGGUGCCGAAUAUUUUUGAAAAAAGUUAUUUUGUGCACUAAAAAUGUGUCUGGUUUUAUUUUCUAACAUUCCACAAACCAUUAACCUUAUCAUUUGGUCUAUCAUGCCUAAAAACACACACACAGUAUCUACAAAUGCAACACUUUAUUAAGAUGCACCGCACCUUUAAAUUUAUUAACUUUCAACAUGAGGUAUUAG